AUGGUUGCAACUGCAUUGUUCGCUUUGGCUGUACUUGCCAUUCAAGGCUCGCACGCUCACUCGAGCUUCACCACUGAGCAGGCAUUGCCCGGUUCGUCUAUGAACACAUCUUUGGCCGUCAACCAUGGCUGUGAUGGUUCUCCCACCACUUCAUUUUCAGUUACUGUACCUGAAGAAAUUACUUCGAUCGAGCCUGCUGAAAUCACAAACUGGACUUUGGAAAUCGAGUAUCGUGAUGCGUCGUCUUCUGGUGAGGGUAACAGCAGCAACCAAGCUAUCAGCAGUUUCCGCUGGUCUGGAAACCUCGAUCCCGAAGCUACACAGGAGUUUGGCAUGGUCAUCGAUAUUCCCAACAUUGAUGUAAGCCAGGGCAACGUCACUUUGUUGUUCCCCACUGUGCAAGCAUGCGCAAAUGGAUCAAUCGAAAUGCUCGGUGAAGAGGCCCCACAUAUCAUUGUCACUAGCGAAAUCACGGAAGAUCAUGACCAUGACCAUGACCACGACCACGACCACGACCACGACCACGACCACAGUGAGGAUCAAGAAAGCGGUGCUCAGAAACUUGGUGAAUCCUUCGCUGCUAUGAUGGCUGUCUCUGUGUUGGGUGCCGGAUACCAGUUCUUCAGCAACUGA